AUGUACAAAAUAAAAGAACUGCCGUCAUUCUUGUAUACAGAUGAAAGUUACUUGACAAACGGGUAUUUAGAAACCAUUAUAGAUUGGAUUCCAGGAAUGAAAGGAAUCCAGCUAAAGCAUUUUCCCAGCAACAUAAGAACAACAAACCCUCACGACAAAAUUCUUACAUUCUGUACUGACGCUACACAAAAGGCCCACAGUGUUGAAUACAAUAUUAUUCACACAUUUGACACACUGGAAACUAGUAUUGUUGAUGCUCUUUCAUCCACGAUUCCUCACGUUUACACAGUGGGACCUGUACAGUUACUUCUUAAUCGGAUUCCGGCAGAUGAAAAGCAAGCCACAAUGUCAAAUUUCAAAGGAUACAGCUUAUGGAAAGAAGAACCAGAGUGUUUACAGUGGCUCGAAUCCAAGGAACCAAAGUCUGUGAUUUAUGUUAACUUUGGGAGUUCAACAGUAAUGUCCUUAGAAGAUCUUACAGAAUUCGGUUGGGGACUUGCAAAUAGUAACCAAUAUUUCCUUUGGAUAAUUAGAUCCGGUGUUGUUGUCGGAGAAUCCUCAGUUUUGCCACCUGAAUUUGAGGAGUAUAUUAAAGAGAAGGGUUUCAUAGCAAGCUGGUGCCCACAAGAAAAAGUCCUGGAGCACCCUUCCAUCGGAGGGUUCUUGACUCACGGUGGUUGGGGUUCCACAAUUGAGAGCUUGUCGGCUGGGGUACCAAUGAUUUGUUGGCCUUAUGGGUGGGAUCAGCCGACUAAUUGUAGGUAUAUAUGUAAGGAAUGGGAGGUUGGACUGGAGAUGGUAAAGGACGUUAAAAGGGAGGAAGUCAGUAAGCUUGUACAUGACUUGAUGCUCGGAGAAGAAAGUCACCGUAUGAGGAAGAAGGCCAUGGAGUGGAAGGAAAAGGCUUACGCUGCGACAGGUCCCAGUGGUUCAUCUUCCUUGAAUGUGCAAAAACUUGUCGAGGAAAUAUUUAUGCUGUCAAGGAACUAA